AGGGCUCAAGGUAAUCAUGUAGCGUAAGUGGGAAAAGCCCCCUUCUUGAAUCCGAUUUUAGAACUUGGAAAACCCCAGUGAUUUAGGCUAGGUUUUUUUUUUUCUUUCUUUCCAAAAAGAUGGACAGUAAACCCACAUCUAGGCUACCAACAAAGCCUCUGGGGUGGAAUCAAUUUAAAUGGUCCCUCCAGCCCUCCGCCUGAUCCAUGAGUGUGCUGCUGGUAGAGGCUUUCUAUGGUGGCUCUCACAAGCAACUGAUUGACCUGCUUCAGGAGAGCACUGGCGACUGCCUGGUCUGCACCCUCCCUGCUAAGAAAUGGCACUGGAGGGCCAGAACUGCGGGCCUGUACUUCAUGCAGGCUAUCCCUGCCAGCCCCUCAUACAGGGUGUUGUUCACCAGUUCUGUCCUUAAUCUCGCUGAACUGGUGGCCCUGCGACCAGACCUCGCCUCUCUGAAGAAGAUCCUGUACUUUCAUGAAAACCAGCUGAUCUACCCAGUUCGUAAAAGCCAAGAGAGAGACUUCCAGUAUGGCUACAACCAAAUUCUUUCAUGCCUGGUGGCGGACGUGGUGGUGUUCAACUCAGCGUUCAACAUGAACUCCUUCCUCUCCUCCAUCUCCACCUUCCUGAAGACCAUGCCUGACCACCGCCCCAAGGGCUUGGACCAGCUCAUCCGCCCCAAGUGCCGAGUGGUCUACUUCCCCAUCCGAAUCCCAGAUGUGACCAGAUUCCUAACUGAACACAAGCUUCUGAGGCAAGACCGGUCUCUGUAUACCAUCAGCUCUCACGAAUCCCUAAACCUCUGGCUGACAGCAAAGGCAAGCCCCUUAGCUUCCACACGUGAAGCCCAAAAUGAGCUCUCUGGGAAGAGACCGAGUCCAGCAGAGCCACAGCUUCACCCACAGCUAGGGGGCGACACAGGCGCACUGCAGGGUCACCCAGCACCGAGCCAGCUCACUGGGCAAAAGGCCACAACCUUGCAGCCUCUCCACAUAGUCUGGCCCCAUCGAUGCAUUCAAGGGCAUGAAGUACAAACGGGGAACGUUUUCCUGCUCAGGCCACGUUCCGUCCGGGAACACGACAAAGACCCUCAGCUGUUCUUCCAGACCUUGCUGAAGUUGAAAGAGCAGGAACUGAACUUUGAAGUGUCUGUUCUCGGGGAGACAUUUACUGACGUUCCAGAGAUCUUUGACGAGGCCAGGGAACAGUUGGUCGACCACAUCCGGCACUGGGGUUUCAUGCCCAGUAAGGAAGACUACCUCAGCGUGCUGUGCCAAGCAGAUGUCGUGGUCUCCACUGCCAAGCACGAGUUCUUCGGCGUGGCCAUGUUGGAAGCAGUUCAUUGUGGUUGCUACCCUCUGUGUCCAAAGGCUCUUGUCUACCCAGAAAUAUUUCAUGAUAUAUAUCUGUACUCAACACCUGAACAACUCUGUAAGAGACUUCAGGACUUCUGUAAGCACCCUCAUCUAGUGAGACGGCAUGUUCUUCAGGUGACGACUAGCAGGUUUUCCUGGAACACUCUGGAAGAAGAGUACAGGGCUCUGCUGACCUCAGAUCCCAGCAAUGAAAGUCAUGCGCAGACUAAAAAUACCGCCUCGUCUGAAGGAACCUGAAUUCUGCCUGAAGCACGCCUCACGUUAAUGAACAUAGGAAACACUGGAGGACUCCUUGUUAGCAGUCCACUGAGAUCACAAAGCUUAAUACAACCCUAAUACAAACAGUAGAAUAUAUAGUCUGAACUAACAUUGAACUAACAGUUUUAUUACCUUUUUUAUAUAAAGAAAAUAACUGGAUAUAUCUGAUUUUCACUGAGAUUUUUUUCCCCAGUGAGACCGUCAGUUUCACAUUCUAAAGACAAAAAAAUAAAAAGCUUGAAAACA